CUGGACUCUGAACGGUUAUCCUUUGAGAAUGAGAGAUUGAUGUCCAAAAAAAAGGAAAAGAAGAAGUUAUUACGGGAAAACAGGGACGAAAAGGAAAAGUAUGAAACGAAUAGAGUCCGCAUGGAGGAGGAGAUACAGAGGCUUACUGACUGCAUUCAAGAAAAGCACAAGGAAUAUAAUCAAGUGAAAGCAAAUCUGGAGAUGGCAAAUAAAAAACGGGUCUCCAGAAGAAUCCGAAAACGGGCAGAGAACGAAAAGUUGUGUGAGGAGCUCGGGAAGGUCACGGAGAGCUAUGACUCGCAGGAUUUCAGUCCUGCUUAUCCAUUAAUGACGAUGUGCCACUUCGAGGACUGUAUUUCUUUCUUUCUUGAUUUGAUGGAAGACGCAUCUCCUGAGGACCUCUGCAAAUUACAAGAGCAGAUUUGCAAACAAAAUAAAGCCAGGGAGCAGGCAAAGGAACGCCUCAGAUGUGGAGCUUUAUUUGAAGAACGGAGGCAGAGAAGACUGGAGAGAUCACUUUCUCCACCGCUGAGAGUACCUGGAAAAAAGCUGAUGCCACGUACCCAGCCUUCGAACGACAUAAGAAAGAAACCGAAACCAGUGGAAACCAAGAAGAUGAACGAAGAUUUAUACGCUUACUUUCUGGAAUAAUACAUUUAUAGUAGAAGUAGAUAGAAGAGUAGAUAGAAA